UCAACGCAUCCCUCUCAUUGUCUUAAUCACAGGUUACCUGUAGCCUAUUGUACACGAUCCAUGAUUGAUUGAGAAUUGAGAAUCACACUUGAAGAUGGCAUGAGCGUUAUAUUUUUGUGGAAGCCUCUUUUUUAAAUAAAUCAUUGGAGAAGAUCGAAGGCAUCGGAACGCCGUGAGAUUUCAUUUGGACAAGACGGUUUGAGAAAGGAGAGGAGGUGAGGAGGCUCUGCUAUCCGAGGGAUGGUUAACGAAUACAUAUUGGAUUAUUGUUGACGUGAAUGUACCGGGACAUGUUGAACAAAAAUGUUUGUUAAUGUGAUCUCUUUUGUCACAUAUCUGAAGGUAGUUAACCUACUCUGAAUAGGGUAAUUGGACUCAGUUUCAACGGUCACUUCGGAUAAUAGGGAUGAUUCGUGAAAGGAAUUGUUGUCCGAAUUUGCUAUAAAUUGCAGCAGGCAUUAAGUUGCGGAAAAGUUGGGUACUUGAAGAAGAUCGGACAUUCAUGCAUUUUGGUCUAUAGCUCUGGGACGAAUAAAACGCCAAGCCAUGUCUCGUCUGCUUGUGUUGGUGAACUGUGCUGUCCAGUUGCUCUUCUCCAGCGACAUGUUUGUGGUCACAGCAAACCGUCCCCCUGCUCCUGUCAACGUGUCUGUGAUGCACCUGAGGGCCGACUCAGCCACUGUCUACUGGGAGAUACCUGAGGGUGAAGUCAUCAUCGGCUUCUCCAUCUCACAGCAGAGGCAGGAGGGCCACACCCAGCGCUUCAUCAGAGAGGUGAACACCACCAGCAGGAGCUGUGUUCUGUGGGAUCUGGACCAGGAGACAGACUAUAUUAUCCAGGUCCAGUCUAUUGGUCUGUACGGAGAGAGUCAGGCCAGCAAGAGGGUUCACUUCAGAACCCUCAAGAAGUCUGACCGCUUCCCCUCCAACAGCUCCAACCAAGAUGACCCUGCUGUGGAGGGAGUGGACAAGUCCCGACAGCUCCAGACUGGGGAGAUGAUCAUCAUCGUGGUAGUGCUUCUCAUGUGGGCAGCUGUAAUCGCCUUGUUCUGUCGGCAGUAUGACAUCAUCAAGGACAACGACUCCAGCUCCGGUAAAGACAAGGUUAAACCUUUGUCGAUGGCGAACACUCCAGAACACUGCUCUGGAGGACUGCUACGGAGCAAGUUUCAUCCAUCGCUACAAUCUAUCAACAUCAUGGAGGUUUGAUGGGAAAAGUGAAGAAGUCAACUUCCCCCCUCCUCCUUCUCAUUCCUCCUUCUCUCCUUCUCCUCAUUCCUCCUUCUCCUCCUCAUUCCUCC